AUGGCCUCAGACAUCCGCAUGCCAGGUCCAGUGUGCCUCAUUGAGAACACUAACGGGCGACUAGUGGCUAAUCAGGAAGCUCUGAAGAUCCUGUCUGCCAUUUCACAGCCUAUUGUGGUGGUGGCCAUCGUGGGCCUCUACCGCACAGGCAAGUCCUACCUGAUGAACAAGCUGGCUGGGAAGAAAAAGGGCUUCUCAAUGGGCUCCACAGUGCAGUCUCACACCAAAGGAAUCUGGAUGUGGUGUGUGCCCCAUCCCGAGAAACGAAACCGUGUCUUAGUUCUGCUUGACACUGAGGGCCUGGGAGACGUGGAGAAGGGUGACAACCAGAAUGACUCCUGGAUCUUUGCCCUAGCAAUACUCCUGAGCAGCACCUUCAUAUACAACAGCAUGGGAACCAUCAACCAGCAGGCCAUGGACCAAUUGCACUACGUGACAGAGCUGUCAAAUCGAAUCAGGGCAAAAUCCUCAUCUGUUGAUAAUGAGGUUGAGGAUUCAGCUGACUUUGUGAGCUUCUUUCCAGACUUUGUGUGGACGCUGAGAGAUUUCUCCCUAGAGUUGGAAGUAGAUGGACAACCCAUCACAGCAGAUGAGUACCUGGAGAAUUCACUCAAGCUUAAGCAAGGUACCAGUCAAAAAGAUAAAAAUUUUAAUCUGCCCCGACUCUGUAUCCGGAAGUUCUUCCCAAAGAAGAAAUUUGUCUUCGAUUGGCCCACUUACCAGAAGAAGCUAGGCCAGCUUGAGAUGCUGCAUGAUGAUGAGCUAGAGCCCGAAUUUGUGCAACAAGUUGCAGUCUUCUGUUCCUACAUCUUCAGCAACUCCACAACUAAAACUCUUUCAGGAGGCAUCAAGGUCAACGGACCUCGUCUGAAGUACCUGGUGCUGACCUUUGUUGAUGCCAUCAACAGUGGGCAUCUGCCCUGCAUGGAGAAUGCAGUCUUGACCUUGGCCCAGAUAGAGAACUCGGCCGCAGUGCAAAAGGCCAUGGCCCACUAUGACCAGCAGAUGAGCCAGAAGGUGCAGCUGCCCACGGAAACCCUCCAGGAGCUGCUGGACCUGCACAGGGCCAGGGAGAAAGAGGCCAUCAAAGUCUUCUUCAGGAGUUCCAUCACAGAUGAAGACCAUUUAUUUCAAAAGGAAUUAGCGGACCAGCUAGAAAAAAAGUGGGAUGACUUUUGUAAACAGAACAUGAAAUUAUCAUCAGAUCGCUGCUCAGCUUUACUUAAGGAUAUUUUCAGUCCUCUAGAAAAAAACGUGAAGCUGGGGAUUUACUGCAAACCAGGAGGGUAUCGUCUCUUCAUCCAGAAGACACAAGAGCUGAAGGAAAAGUACCUUCAGGAACCCAGGAAGGGAAUACAGGCUGAAGAGAUUCUUCAGACAUACUUGAAGUCCAAGGAGGCUAUUAGUGAUGCAAUUCGACAGACAGACCAGGCUCUCACAGAAAAGGAAAAGGAGAUUGAAGUGGAACGUGUGAAAGCAGAAGCUGCACUGGCUGCAGCAAAACUGUUGGAGGAAAUGCGAAUAAAGAAUGAGCAGAUGAUGGCACAGAAAGAAAAGAGUCAUCAGUAA